AUGAGUAUGCGCAGCUCCAACAAUGAACUGGCUCCAAUGAGCCAGAGAAGCAAUUUGCGGCCGGAUUUGGCAAGUCCGAGCUUCAGAAACGGCGUGUUUGUCGAUGGAAACAACGUUCAUGGAGUGUUCCAGGGAGGGCAAGGCGAAUACACCUUCACCACCUUACUCAGGUCCUCCAAGCAUGGCGAGGGACAGAAGACGCAAAUGAGCAUGGUUGUGGGCGGUGGUGGUGGGACAAGGUAAGAAAACCACCUGUUGCUUUUUGAAUGAGUCUUAACAGUGCUUCAAAUUUCCGAGAAAUGGACGUGUAGGUGGUGACGGAAAUACGCACACUGAAAACAAACUAAAAACUAAACAACAAAACAUUCACGUAGAGUACAAAUUUAGCCAUUGGGGUGAUUAACGUAGCUUUUUAUCCCUUAUUUCCUUUGUGAGGACUUUGCAGACCACUUCGGGAGUAAAAUAGAUGAUAUUAAAUCCAGUCUUUUAACUCAUCAGAAUGUGAUUUUUGACACAUCUGAACAGCAGAUUUUACCUGAGGAAACACUGGAGAGUUUUGCCCUGGUUGACGCAAGGACACUUGGUCGAGUUUUCUCCCAAGUUAACCCAACAACCUGCCUUUUAGAUCCAAUUCCCACAUCAUUUUUAACAACAUUUUAUGAAUUUUUUGAGGAACAGAUUUUAACCAUAGUAAACUGCUCUCUUCAGAUGGGCGUCUUCCCCACCGCCCUUAAAACGGUGGUGGUUAAGCCCCUUCUGAAGAAGAGCAAUUUGGAUACUGAUGUUCUUAAUAAUUAUCGACCCAUAUCCAACUUACCGUUUUUAAGUACAAUCUUAGAAAGACUGGUUUUUAACCAAUUAAAUUAUUUCUUAAAAAGUACCAAUAUUUUAGAGAAGUAUCAAUCCAGUUUUAGGAUGAACCACAGUACCGAGACAGCCCUUUUAAAGAUUUUGAACGAUAUCAGGUGUAAUGCUGAUAAACAGAAGCUCACGGUUCUGGUACUACUGGAUCUAAGCGCUGCCUUUGACACAGUAGAUCACCGGAUUUUGUUAAGCAGACUCAGGCACCUGGUGGGCCUCGCCGGUACUGUUUUUAACUGGUUCAGUUCUUAUCUCUCGGAAUGAUCCUUCUUUGUAAGUAUGGAUACCUGUUCCUCAAGGGUCAAUUUUAGGUCCAACACUUUUUAAUCUGUAUAUGCGUCCCCUUGGGGACGUCAUCAGGAGACACGGCAUCAGCUUCCAUAGUUGCGCUGACGAUACACAGUUGUACAUCGCUGUGUCUCAAAAGGCCUAUUGAUGCCCUUUUUAACUGCAUUUUAGAUAUCAAGUCAUGGAUGGCAGAGAAUUUCCUACAGCUCAACCAGGAUAAAACUGAAGUUUUAAUUAUUGGCAAGAGAGAGAAACUUUUACCAAAACUACAAGAUUUUAAACCUGCUCAAUCUGUUAAGAAUCUGGGUGUAAUUUUUGACUCUGAGCUGAAUUUUAUUCCACAUAUCAAGAACGUAACAAAGAUAGGUUUUUACCAUCUUAAGAAUAUAGCCAGAGUCCGCCCGUUUCUCUCCCAGGCCAACACGGAGGUGCUGAUGCAUGCUUUUAUUUCUAGUCGUUUAGAUUACUGUAAUGCCCUGCUCUCUGGUCUUCCCAAGAAGACUAUUCACAUUCUACAACUGCUACAGAAUUGUGGCUAUUCUCGGUGUGGACGGCUCCCAUAGGUGAUCUUUCCUCACCAGGUUCCUCAGUAUCUUGCCAUGUUUUUACUGACAGUUGGUGUGUGGGUGUGUGGAUACUUGUGUGCGCGCGUGUGUGUGUGUGGGGGGGCUGCGGUGCAUGCCUGUAUGUGUUGCUGUGGGUGGGAAGGGACGGGUUUUAUGCCUGUUUCAUUGCCUUAUAUUUACCAUUGUUUGUUUUUAUCUUUUUGUAAAGCACCUUUUGUUGCAGCUUGCAUGAAAGGUGCUAUAUAAAUAAAGUUUGAUUUGAUUUGAUUUGCAUGUGACCUUAAAAGGUAAAUUCACAAUGUCCUCAAGCAAAUUGAGAUAAAGGCUCACCUGUUAGGUUUUAUUAUUGUUGGGCUACGCACACAAAAAUCCGACCAAAAUGGAUCCCUGUUUUUGACAUCUUUAUUGUGAAUUUUCCCCAUUUGUUUUCACCUAGUUGUAUCACUCCUGAUCUGUUGACCAAUAAAGUGAAUUACAUGGAGAAAGUAUUUGCACACACACCCCUUCUUGUCCUCCCAGUACUAUCAUUCACCAUGAUGUCAGUGUCUAAUGUUUAUGGAGUGAUGUCUGUGUCAGUGUGCGAGCUUCCCAAACUGUUUCCUUUUAAAAUGCUUUUCCUAAUGCUUAACUUAUGUCGAACAAAGCGACAGAAAAAUCGGGACACCACUUGGAGGUGUGUGAGUGUUUAAAGCUCAUCUAAAAAGAGAGCGUCCAGGGCUGAGCAGCUUUUAUUGGUUAGCAGAGGUUUUGUUUUGGUGAACCUCAGGUGACCCAUUUCCCCAAACAACCCGGAGCCAGACUUUUAAAAACAAUAAAUAAGCACUUUGGAAAGAUUCAACUCCUCUUCGGACUCAACAUUUUAUUUCCACACAUUGUUUUUGUAGUGCUGAUUUGGCUUUUGAGGGACUGUUAUCUGAAACUGAAUAACCUUUUAAAAGCAGUUCAACACAGUAACUUUUAAUGUAGACAAAGAGUAUCCUCUGCAUUUAUUAAUUUUUCUUGUGAUGAUAUUGUAUACUAAAAAAAAUCUGUAGCCCAAUUAUAUGUUAACGAAAUAGUUGACACACUGUUACGAUUUAAAGCUGUUCUUACUAAACUGUGUUUUGUUUCUCAUUUAUAGUGUACACCCCAUUCAGCAAAAGGCAAUGUUCCUGACUAGCCAAUGUCAGGACUACAUGCAGCGAGCAAGGAUGAUUCUUUAUGAAGUAAGUUUGGCACAAAAAUUACACUAAACAUGAUUGAUCUCAAGUUUUUCAAUAUUUUACACUUACACAUUGAUAUACAAAGAUGUUUUAAUCACCUAAUGAGUCAGGAAACAACUUAAAGAAGCAGAUAUACUGAACUGUAAAGCCGAGCGUGAUUCGACUCAGUAUCUUGUCUGUUAUGAUUUUAUAGGGGGGUCCAGCCGCCGAGGUAGAGAAGCUGUUAAUCUUGGCUGCAGAAACCAUGGACCAGAUGAGCAUCUGUGGCAAAGAGCUGCAGCGGAUGCGUAUACCCAGUGAUGUCCUCAGAAAGUAAGACAAGAUGCAGUGUGUGUUGUGGGUUUGUGUGCUGUCUGUACAUAGUUAAGUACACCUGCAUAUUGUUAAACAUGGGUACAUUUUCUAAACAUGCAUUUGUUUGAGCAACAUAUGAGCUUAAUUUCUAGUCGAACCAAAACUAUUUGAAGAGAAGACUUUCAGUAUUGAUAUCCCUUUGAAAAUACGUCUCCUUCAGCUAUUGUUGUCUAUCUCUUUGAAGUUGAGUGGUGAGGAAAAUCCGACUCAAAGGAUUCACUUAGUAUUCUCCUUUUUUGUACAACUCUACAGUCUGGACCAGUUCCAGCACAUGUAUGCUGCCAUCCAACAGCGGCUGGCCGGUAGUUCGAAUGGGGGAAGGGGCAGCGUAGGCUCCCAAGAGGGGGGUCGGAUCUUCACUGAUGCCAUGGCCUGGAUUGCCCAACAAAAGGUGACCUUUUAAUACAUAAGAGACAUAGAGUGAUCUGUUUUUUCAUAUAUAAAUAAAUAUACAUAUUUUUAUUAAUCAAAGUAGUAAAUACCAGUUUUUAUAACUCAUAUUGUCUGAUGUAUUCCAUGACGUCAUCAUCCACGCAAAGUCUGACUGUGCUCAGAAGUUUUAACCUGUUGGAGCAGUGGGAAUACUUGCAUCUGCAUGUGUGUGCAUGCCCAUACAGUACAUUAAGGUGCACCGCCUUUGUGUGAAGGGGGUAGGCGAGGUGAGGGGGGGAAGCACUUACGCUAUCACAUAUUGUGACCUCCUGUAACUGAUACCAUCUGGACAGUCUGCCAAAACCUGAUCCAUGAGUGAAAAGAGGCCAAGAGAGGUGAGGAGGGAUGGAAACAAAGAAGGGGAAAGAGCUUGACCAUGUGAGAAAGAGAGAGAGAGAGAGAAAGACAUGGGGAGAGGGAGAGAGAUAAAAACUUGAGGAGCGGAAAGAAAAGUAGAAGUAAAGUAGUGUGAAAUCUGACACUUUCUCCUGACUCACUAGUUAUGGGACGGUGCUGUUCAGCAGAUGUCUGACAUGCUCAUGGGAAAACGCCCUUCAGCAGUCUACCUCACCAACCCUCCUACCCAACCAAAACACAUUCAGUCAACACUGAAAGCCUCGCCCUCCAUAUUCUGUCAUCUGUUUCCCCCUGACAUACAAUACAGAAACAUUCCUCUGUACAGUUUUCUGCAUCUUUCUUUGUACUUAUAUUUUUUCUUUUAGCUUAAAAGAAAAAAAAAACAGAACGUAUUAUUUAAAAACCUGCCAUUACCUCCACCUGUGUCUUUGUCCUUCUAACCACACUGUCAGCCAUUGUACCUCCAGUCCUACUUCACUGUUUGUAACUUUUUUGACCUUUCCUUCAUGGACAUGAGCUUCAGUGCAGACAGUCUACUAACAGCUUUGUUGUGCUUAGCGUCUGCCAAGUAACCAUGGAGGAAAGGGAGAGGCGAGAGAACAAAAGUCUCAAGAAAGAAGGAAAGAGAAAGAGAAAAAAAAAUGGAAGUAAAGAGCAGGGAUUGGCUGAUGGUGACUUACUGGCAGAGCGCUUAUCAAAGCUGAGGGCUGCAGUCAAGGGGGGAAUAGUUGGGAUAGUUUUCUGCCUGAAAGUAAACUUAAUGAUUAUAUGCUGACACCUAGAGGACAAUUGAGGGAAGAGCACACCACUGAAGUCCUGAAAUGUAGGUGAGGUGGGAAAUGUGUAUUUCUUUCGAUACUAAUACUGCCCCAAAAACCUACAAACCUUUAGGACACACAAAAAAAUAGCGGGGGAGAUGUUUCUGCAACACAACAAACAUGGGCGGUGUAGUUUGAAUCAUAUUUGCACGUAUAGUACAUUCACCAUUUAGAAGUAACAAUAUGUUUAGGAGCUGUUUUUAUAUUUUUAAGACAUAUGUAGAAAACGCUGGAUAAAGUCUGAGUGCCAUACAUUGCAAAAAUGUCAAACAACAGCGAGAGACUAAUCAUGAACUGUGUAUUUUAGUCUCCCAUGCAGUUUGAUGAUGAUUAAAAAGACAUGUAAUGUAAUUUAUUGUCUUUUUCUGUGUAAUACAUGUGAUUCUGCAUUCCUGUAGCGCAUGAUUGAGACCUCUCCGUUUGGUGACGACUCUGAGGCCAUUGAAAAGCAAAUCAUGAACCACAACAAGCGCCACAGCUCCAUCCAGAGAAGCCCGGAGGUAGACAGAGCCAGAGAUGAAUUAGUAAGUAAUGCCUUUCUAUCUUUAUUGUUAUCCUUACUUUUGACUGUUAUGGCUUGUUAAUUUGUCUUGUGUAUAUAUUGACGGCGGUUUUAAUCUAUAUACACUGUAUUGUUGUUUGAAUUUAACCAAAAACAUCUCUUUUUGUAGCGCUCAAGGGGUGACAAGUACAACCUCACCAUCCUCGAGCAAGAAUGGGACAGCCUGCAGGUAGAUUAGAACCAGCUAGUUAAAAAUAAGCAAAUCUGUGCUCUGUCAUUAGAGUUGAUUUACUGAUCUUACUCAUAAAUGUUCUUUGUGUCUGCCUCAGAAAAUGUCCAACAGCCGUGUACAGCAGCUGCGUGAGCUUCAGAGCAUCAUCGAGGAGAUCUCCCGAGCCAUCAUGUGGGUGAACGAGAAGGAGGAGGAAGAGCUUGUGUUUGACUGGGGAGAUAAAAACAUUGAUCAAUACAUCCCCAGGAAGCAAGAGAGCUACUCAGUAAGGAUCUAGUGUGGUGCUUUCUGUAAUUUCACCAAAAUAAUCUACAGUAUAGAAAAGUCCCUGACUUUUUCUCCUCACAGCGUCUGAUGAGAGACCUGGAGGAGAAAGAAAAGGAGCUAAACAAGCUGACGUUAAAAACAGACGGGCUCCUGAACAACAACCACCCCGCCUCAGAUAAGAUUGAAGUGAGACCUUUAGCUGUUUUUUGGUAUUUAUGUAUGCAAAAAAACAAAUUAUUCAGUGGUUUUGUACUGAUGACUAAAUGUACCCACAGGCCUACAUGGACACCCUGCAGACCCAGUGGAGCUGGCUCCUCCAGAUCACCAAAUGUAUUCAUGUGCACUUAAAAGAGAAUGCUGCCUACAGCCAAGUAAGUGCUCAGUCAUGCUCUCACUUUUAUUCAAAUAAAACCACAGAGGUUUUCUUGUGAGCACUGAUCAAAGCCUUUUACCGUCUCCAGUUUUUCAAAAAUGCCAAGGAGACCUCUUUAAAGCUGCAGAAAGAGUAUGACACCAUCAGAAGCAAGUUUACCUGCGAUAAAAACACUCCUCUGGAAAACCUGGUUGAACUCCUAAAGAACCUGGAGGUAUGAAUUUUAUUCUAGGUUCAGGAUGUCCAAGUUUCUGUUGAAGUGUGAAACACAAAUAUGCUCAAACAAUUUAUUCACUUCAAUGAAAAGAGUGCAAACAAACUGGCGAACUGGUUUUGUCAGUUCUUUUAAGUGGUUGAAUGUGAUACUUCUAUGAUGUGCUUUCAUACUACAGAAUUUGAAACUUUAAGAAUUCCAGUUUACAGCGAAACAGUUCAAACACAGAAAUGAUUUUUUAUGUACGCAGAGAGAGAAGGAGCAAAUCAUUGAGCAUAAGAGGCAAGUCCAGAGUCUGGUCAACAAAUCAAAGACCAUCGUCAGACUGAAACCUCGCAAUCCUGAGGAGAGGAUCAACGGCCCUGUGAUGGUCCAGGCCUUAUGUGAUUUCAAACAAGACCAGGUGUGAUACAUCUACUCCUGACUCAUACAAACACAAAAAUAUAAACACAGCAUUUGAAGCAGAAGUAUAUGAGCUAUUUCCACUAUUAUUCAGUGUCUUUUAUGUUUUCCAUUUUGCACCACAGAAAGGAAUAUUCGAAGGGAAUGAGGGUAUCCUGAAGGAUAACUCACAGCGCAGUAAAUGGCUUGUGACAGGACCAGGAGGUCUGGAUAUGAUCAUUCCCUCCGUGUGUCUCCUGAUGCCCCCACCAAACCCGCUCAGCAUUGACCUUGCCACUAAGUAAGAAACACUUAGAUGAUACAAAAUUGAGAUUUCUAUAUGUUGUUACCUCCGCCAAGGAGGUUAUGUUUUCGGUAGCGUUGGUUUGUUUGUUUGUCUGUUAGCAACUUUACGGAGAAAGUUACAGACGGAUUGACCUGAAAUUUUCACCAGAGGUGCGUCUCAGCCCCAGGAGGAUGCCAUUAAUUCAGCAAUUUUUUGAAGGAUUCUUUAUCAUUGUGAGAUAGGGCAAAUUUGGGAAUUUUUGCAUUUAACUCUAUAAAAAUGGCCAGAGUCUUUAGUAAAAAAUUACACAAAAGGAUCUCAAUGAGUUUUAUGAGGUGUCAAAGGUUGAUCCUGAGCCAGACAAAAUUCCGGAUACUGUGAUCCAGGACACACAAAAAUAAGGGUGUUGUUGGAAUUUUCAAUGCUGAAAGAUAACCAAUGGGCGGCACAGUGGUGUAGUGGUUAGCACUCUCGCCUCACAGUCAGAAGGUCCUGGGUUUGAAUCCGGGUCAGGGCAAUCCUUGUUUUAGGAACAUUAUGAACAGCGAACAUACCAGUUUAAACACAAAUAAAAGUUAAUAAAAGACACGUAACAGUAAAAGUUUUGGUGUGAAUCACAAUAUAAGGGGGGACAUGAGCUGCUUGGUGGAGGUCUGCGCUCUCUGAGUGCUUUUCUAGUAUUUACAGUGUGCUAGUAUAGUUCUGUGUUAGCAUUCUAAGGUACUAAAUGGCUUGUGCUGCCUCUUAGGAAUGAGCAGUCUUACGAAGCCAUCAUGAGCGUCUGGAGCCAGCUCUACAUCAACAUCAAGAGUCUCAUCUCAUGGCAGUACUGUCUUAAAGACAUCAACUACACCAACUCCCUCACACUCACCAUGGUAAGAACUGAUGAUGAAUUGGUUUAUGUUGUAAAUUAAACUAAUCUUCCUUCUCAUUUUGACUCACCACUAACCCUUUGUAUCUUUUACUUCCCGCAUUGCAGCUGUCCAAGAUGAGCCCGGAGGAGUACCGCAAUAUCAUCAAAAUACUGGAGACUCGCUACCAAGAGUUCCAGCUUAACAGCCAAGGCUCUGAACUAUUUGGGGAAGAGGACAAGAGAACCAUCCAGGGUCACUUUGACAAAGCGCUAGACCACUAUUAUAAGCUUAUAAUCCAGCUGCCUACCUACCGUGAGUUCAUCCUUCUUCCAGCAGCCUAUGUUAUAAAAAUGUCAUUUUUUUAUUCACUGUAAUAAUAUUAUUUAUAUUAUGCACAAACCAAUACAGCAGGUGAAGGGGUGAAGCCUGAACCCCCAAUAAAAGAACCUGAAAAACCGUCAAACCCUUCAAACCCCAUUGAACCGGAGACUGUUGUCCCAGUGGGGGCCACAAAGCCUCCUCAUCCACCCCCAUCCACCCUCAGCCUCAGCUUGCUCAGCAGUCUGCAAGAAAUUCGGCGCAAGUUGGAGCUGGCAGAGUCUGGUCUGACCAGUCAUCUUCAUGUUCACCUGGGUGAAAACAGCGUGCAGGAGUGCACCGUGUAUAUCCAGAACCUGCAGGUAAGUUAUUAUUAUUUGACAAAUUGACACAAAAUAAGCAACCUUUAUAUCCCUAUCAUAUAUCUCUAUCUCAUAUAUAUCACUGUUAUGAAUAAUAAAACUUUGAUGUCAUGUAUAAACUAUGAUAUGAUUAUUUUUAGGCUGUGCACCAAGACCUGGACUCCAUUCACGAUGAGUACCUGCGCCUCAGAGAAAGGAUUAUAAAGCAGCUGGAAGGCAUACCUGCAGACUCUGAACAAGCCAAGUUCCUCCGCACUGAACUUGAAAUCAUCAACCAAAAACUGGGGGGCCUGCAAGGUCUCUACUCAGCGUAUAUUCAAAGGUAAUUCAUUCUCUUGUUAGCACACCACCUUUUGCUUCACCCAGCAAAGACUAGGUGAAUAAAGUAAAAAGGAAAUGGUAUAUUUAAUUGAAUGAUAUUGUGUCUUAAACAGACUGUCAGCUCUUAAGGGCUUGCUCGAAAGCCUUCUUCAGGCUGAGGACAUUAUAAAGGUUCAUGAGGCACGGCUAACUGAGAAGGAGACAUCCUCACUGGACCUGCGAGAGGUGGAGAACUAUUGCUACACUCUAAAGGUCUGACACAUCCUCUAUGAAUAUGUCUAUCAAUUUUGUUUAUUCACUUAACUUUCAAAUCAUUUACAAAAAGCUGUUUAAUAUGAGAAAGUUUCUUUUCAUUGUUUUUUUCAUUUCUUAUGUCCUUACUAAGAAUUUACCAGAACAAUGUACUCACCUAUAUACAUAUGAAACAUAGGUAUGAUGAUCUUAUUAAACCAAAUACACAGUUGCAAACAGGCUGCGAAAGAAAACGUUUGAGUUAAUUCUGCACCACCACAAAAAUCUACAAAAGUAAAAAGAAACUUACACAUCAACAGUGUUGCACUAUUAUAAUUUGCCAUCACUUACUUGCAAAAAAAAACAUUUGUAAUAUGUUUAAGGGCCUUUUUCUCUCAAGGUGAAAUACUUUUUUAGGGCAGGACUUUGACUUGUAGUGUAGUAACUUUGAAACUUUUUGCAGCCAAAUUACUUUGCUUAUGACUUCUAUGCAAGUUGAGUUAGACCUAAAAUAUAUAUAUAUAUGUAUAUAUUUGUUUGUUUGUUUGUAUACAACCUUCCUGAACCAUAAUUUCUUUCUUUAAGUGUCAGAGCCGCAUUAUUUGUGUGGCCCCACAGCACACGUCUGUAACACCUAGAACACCUAGACUAGGCUGUGACAAUAUACAAUAUACGCCAAUGAGAUUUUGAUCACAAGUUCAUUUAUUUUUGCCUUUACUGGUGUCUAUUGUUAUUGGAAAUGUAAGGUCAUCAUAAUUCUUGUUUUAGUUAUGAUUUUAACAUCUUGUAUAAUUCUCCUGCUUGGAUUUUUGUUAUUUUAAUCUAUACAAAUGUUUACCGUCUUCUUGUGAACCCCAGAAGGAUUCGCUGCUAUUUAGGAAGUAGCUAACGGGGAUCCAAUUACAUAGAUUAAUACAAUAAAUAAAAUGAGAUUUUAAAUAAUAGUUAAAUAAUAAUCGUUCUGUGACUCUCUAUUAAAGCAAAUGAAGAGCGAUCUGGAUUACAAGAGAGACCUGCUGACCGCCAUGGAGUCAGACCUAACCAAAGCCAAGCACUGGAACAGUCAAAUCUCAGAUACCUUCCACAAGUGUGAUGUCGACUUGUCCAAAUACUCUGAUCUGGCGGCUCAAUUGUUCGACCGUUGGCGUCGUAUUCAGACCCAGAUUGAUAGCAGGUGAGGUAGCUCAGCACGUAUUCACUUACAGUAUGUUUUCCAUUUCCCCCUUUGCUCCAUUGCUGAAAAAAACUCCAAAAACAUCCUUAUAUCCUUUCCUCUGCCUGCCACUUUUUCCUCUUUCAGAGUGUGGGACUUGGAGAAGCAGGAGACGCAACUGAACCAUUAUCAGCAGAGCAGCAAUUCACUGGAGCAGUGGAUAGACAAUGCCAGGAAGCGUCAGGACAGCCUGCAGAUGGUCAAGCUCAAUGAUGUCCAGACUCUAAUGGAUCACCUCAGCGAACAGAAGGCAUGUUUCCAAAAGGGUUUUCUAAUCAUGAGUGAACUCUCUAAUCUUUCAGUUCAAACCAUUCACACAUCACACAUGAGUUGGGUUAAAUUUCUUGGAUGAUUUAUAAUAUUAGGCUCUGGUCACAUCUGAAGAUAAUUUGUUGUUUUAGUGAUCAGACAACAAGUAGACAGCCUUAAUUAUAGACUUGGAAGCACCCAGGAAGCAUGGAUGACAGGUCAUUCAGGUCUGACAUUGGGUGGACAAGGCUGUGAGUUAAUUACCUCCACCAAGGAGGUUUUGUUUUCGGUAGCGUUGGUUUGUUUGUUUGUCUGUUAGCAACUUUAUGAAGAAAGUUACAGACGGAUUUACCUGAAAUUUUCACCAGAGGUGCGUCUCAGCCCCAGGAGGAUCCCAUAAAAUUUUUGUGGUGAUCCGGAUCAUCUUCUCGAUCCAGGAAUUUUUUGAAGGAUUCUUUAUCAUUGCGAGAUAGGGCAAAUUUGGGAAUUUUUGCAUUACCUAUAAAAAUGGCCAGAGUCUUUAGUAAAAAAUUACACAAAAGGAUCUCAAUGAGUUUCAUGAGGUGUCAAAGGUUGAUCCUGAUACAGACAAAAUUCUGGAUACUGUGAUCCUCCAGUACACACAAAAAUAAGGGUGUUGUUGGAAUUUUCAAUGCUGAAAGAUAACCAAUGGGUGGCACAGUGGUGUAGAUAGGCGGCACAGUGGUGUAGCGGUUAGCACUGUCGCCUCACAGUCAGAAGGUCCUGGGUUAGAAUCCGGGUCAGGGCAUUUCUUGUUUUAGGAACAUUAUGAACACUGAACAUACCAGUUUAAACACAAAUAAGAGUUAAUAAAAGACACGUAACAGUAAAAGUUUUGGUGUGAAUCACAAUAUAAGGGGGGACAUGAGCUGCUUGGCGGAGGCCUGCGCUCUCUGAGUGCUUUUCUAGUUUGCAUAUAAAACAAGAAUGUUAGAUACAGUAAUAGCUGGUCACUGGAGAUACAUUUGAAUAUGUAUAAUCCGUCCACUUGUUGUGAUCAGGUCAGCCAAUAUCUUAUUUCUAAUUCCAGAUAUAAAUUGCCACUUAAUUUCUUUUGUCAGGUAUCAUGGAUGUUUCUUGUCUGAUAACAAAACCACUUCCUCUGAAUGUGUAACAGAGACCUGACAGUUUGAGGUCACAUUAAAUCAGAAACUUUCCUGUCCCUUUUUUGUUGACCGCACAGGCUCUUCACACAGAAAUUAAAGGCAAGAGGGAGAAAGUAGAGGAUGUGCAGAAAGAUGCAAACACCUGUGCUGCCUCCAUAAAGGUGUGUAACCAAACAUUUGGACUGGAUUUUUUCAAUUUUUUUGUAGACACAUAUUACAUUCAGAGAUAUUAUCUAUUAUUGUGUGCACGUAAAUCUGUCUCAAAAAAUAUGUCCAUACUUUUUAUGUGUACCCAGGACUAUGAGCUGCAGCUGGCUUCCUACAGUUCAGGCCUGGAAACUCUGCUUAACAUUCCUAUCAGGAGAACAAUGCUUCAGUCGCCGGCCUCUGUAGUCAGACAGGAGGUAUGUGUGUUUUCUAUCCAUCCAGUUAGAGAGCUAUUAAUAUUAGAUGAGUAACAGUUACACUGCAUGUGUUUUCUGUUUCAUUAAACUCAGUUAAACAAUGGUACUCUGGUUAAAUCAUUAACUUAAAUGUUAAUCCCUUUAUUUGAUUUGAAAUUCACACAGUUGUCUAAUUAAAACAUUCAAGUUGUACACCAAAAUUAAUCCGCUAAGUUUGUUUCCAUCAGGCGGCUGACCUCCAGUCCAAUUACAUUGAGCUGCUUACCCGCUCCAGUGACUACUACAAAUUUCUUGGGGAGCUGCUGAAGAACAUGGAGGAGCUAAAGGUAAGUGGAAAAUGUAUACGAUACCUUAAAAGACAUUAUUUCUGUGUGUAUAAAACUUGUGUAGGUUGAACAAAUAAGACGAUGAAAAUAAGAUCUCUCUUUUUUUUUUUCAUCAUUGCUCUCUUUAGAUCAGGAACACAAAGAUUGAAGGGCUGGAGGAGGAGCUGAGACGUCUGAGGGAGGACAUCCAAGAUCGUAACCAAAAAAAUAAAACACUAGAGGAUGCCUUGGCCCGCCUAAAUCUAGAACUCAGUGAAUUAAAAGUCCAAGUCAUUGUUAUCGGUGAAAUAAAGAAAACCGCAGUGGACCAAGUUAGCGCUACCAGGGGCGACCUGGACAGCACAAACAAUCAGCUUCAAGAUCUCAACGACCAACUGACACGCAUCAAAUACCAGCUGGAUGAGGAGAAGAUAAAAAGGAGGUUGGCAGAGGAACGCUACUCAAGUCAGCAAGAAGAGUAUGAGGGAGCAGUGCGUCGUAGACAGAAAGAACUAGAGGAGCUCAACUGGCUCAAGAUUGAUUUGGAAAAGACCGUGAAGGACAAGGAACGUGAACUGGAGAGGAUGAAGAUACUGAUGGAGGAGGAAGCAGCACUUCGACGAAACGCUGAAUUAGAUAUCUCAAAGGUAAGAGCACAGACCACCCAGGAGAUUAAUCUGCUUAAGCAAAAAUACGAGUUAGAGAUCCACAUCACCAAGACCACCAUUCUGAAAACCUCACAAAAGAAGGAAGAAGACGCAGCAGAGCUCAGGCUGCAAAUUGAUAGACUAGCUGCUGAUAAGAGGGAUCUAGAGCAGGAGCUGUUGAGAAUGAGGCAGUCCAUUAUUCACACCGGGGAGCAGAAGAGCAGAGCAGAGCAGGAGGCCAACCAGCAGAGGGCCUCAGUGACACAAGAGACAAGGAUCCGUAGUGAGUUGGAGGUUCAGCUGAGAACACUCCAGAAUCAGAGAGAAGAUGAUGAGCUCAAACUAAAGGAAGCCACCAAAGGCAAUCAGGAAAAGUCAAGGCAGAUCAGUGUGCUGCAGUUAAACCUGGAAGAGGAAGGAAAGAAGAGGAGAGCCCUGGAAUCAGAAAUCAAUCGCCUGAAGCACGCUGAGGCAGAGCUGAAGACAAAGAACACAUUAUAUCUGGAGGAAAUCAACAGGCUAAGAGUUUUUGAGCAGGAGGUACGUGUCACUAGAGUAGAGCUAGAGAAGCAGACCAGUGAGAGGAACAAGGCUGAGCAGAGCUCUACCAGGCUACAGAGCCGCAUCCGAGAACUUCAGGGAUCCUUGGAUGGGCUUGAAGCUGAGGUGGAGAGGCAGAAGAAAGCAACUCAGGAGGAGUUCACACGUAGAAAAAGAGUGGAAGCAGAGCUGGAGAGGAUGACACAAAUUUGCAGAGAGCGCACCACCACAAUUAGCACCCUGAAAUCUAUUCAGAUAGAGGCGUCCAACUCUGGGAGAAAGUAUGAGCAGGACCUCAGUGCCCUCCAGGCUGCUCUGGACAAGAGUCUGCAAGAUCAUAAAAUCACUAAGGAUGAACUGGCAGCUGUCACAGCCGAGCUGAGGGCACUCAAACAAAAACUCCUGCAGGAAGAAGCUCGAAUUCGUGAACUCAACCAACGUAAUGAGAGCCUGUAAAAGACCAUUGAGGAGAAGAGCCGCCAGCUGAAUGAGUACACCACAGAGAUAGAGAAGCUGAAGACUCUGACGCAGGACCUGACGAAGGAGAGGUUGAGGUUGGGGGAGGAGCUGAGGGCGGCCAGACAGGAGAGAGAUGAACUGAAGCGCAGCAAAGAUGCUACUGAUGGAGAAAGUGCUGCAUGAAUGUUUAGAGAUGCACAAAGACUCAACUUGAUUUCGUUGUCACCCUGUUACUUCAGCGACGAUUGACUUAUUGAAAGAUUCUGCUUAAAAUUCACUAACUCGCAAAUGCUUUCACUGAGAUGUGCAUGAGGUUUUCUGUUGUAGCUUACAAGUUAUAUGAUUGAACUCACAUUAUUAUGACUAAUCACUGCACACUAAUUGAUGUAACUAAUGGAAUGUAUACAUGUCUCAUCAUGUGUACAUUAUCAAUUUGCUCAAAUAGCAAUGACAACUGAUUAGUUUCAAUUGGCAUCUGACAUCUUAAGUCACGGUAAUACAAACUAAAAACUUCACAGAUCACAACUUUGUAAGCUAAGCUAAGCCAGCCAUGCUCCUCAGAAUAAACGUCAUUAACUUUUUACUUUACAUACCUUGUUUUGGCAAUUCUUCACAGGUUAAGUGAUGAUUUCUUUUUAUCUCUCCUCAGACGUCCAUGCUGUUGCAUACAUCCCAAAGCCAGUACAAUGAGCUGAUACUGGAGAGAGACAGUUUGCUAUUCAAGCUUAAACUCCUAGAGCAGGACAAGACCCGUAUGCAACACCUCGAAGAGGAGCUCAACCGCAUUAAGCUCUCACUGGAGUCUGAGCUUCGCAACAAACAGCGACUACAGGAUGAAAAGAAUACCAUUCUCAAGGAUUUCAACUACAUGAAGAGCCAGUUUGAGCUCAGGGAUGGCCAGGUUAGGCAGUUUGAGUCAGACAGAGACAAGUUUGAUAGAGAAAGGCUCUCCUUGAAGAAUGAGAUUGAGAGGCUCAUGAGAGAGCUAAAGAGUGUUGAGGAGCGGUACAAGAGUCUUCUGUUCAACUCUAAAAAAGAUGCAAAAGAGCUGGCUCUCAAGAGGGAUGCCCUUGAGAAAGAGAUUGAGAGGCUGAAACAGAAACCUAGCUCCACUAGCAGGUUCACCCAGACAGAUGAGAUGGACCCGACAGUCGAUCCAUCCAAGCUGAUAUUUGAUGGAGUGCGCCGCAAAGUCACAGCCCACCAACUAUGCGACUGUGGCAUAAUAAAUAAAACCACUCUAGACCAGCUCUUGAAAGGGAAACGGACAGUAGAUGAGGUGGCUGUGGAUAUUCAACUUAAUCUGAAAGGUACAGGUGUCAUUGCUGGCAUGAAAGCAGGCUCUCAAGGAAAAAUGCCUUUCACUGAAGCCAAAAACAAGAAGCUCCUCAGUCCAGAGAGCGCCCUCAUGCUCUUGGAAGCUCAAGCAGCAACAGGUUACAUCAUAGACCCUGCAUUGAAUGAGAAGAUCCCUGUGGAUACCGCCUGUUCAAGAGGAAUUGUGGACACAGAGGACAGAGACACCUUGGUGAAAGCUGAAGCAGCUAGCACAGGCUUCAAAGACCGAAACACAGGCAAAGUGCUAUCUGUAGGUCAGGCUUGCAAACAGGGCCAUAUAGACAAAGACACAACUGUUCGCUUGCUCCAGGCUCAAGAGUCUGUUGGAGGCAUUAUUGACCCUGUUCUGAGUGUGUACCUUCCAAAAGAUACGGCCUUGGCUCGCAAUCUCAUUGAUGAGGAUCUUUACAGAGCUCUGAAUAAGAAACCAACCUGUUACCUUGAUCCUGCAACAAAGGAGAAGACAAGCUAUAAUGACCUGAGGAAGAAAUGUACAACGGAACCUGUUUCUGGUUUGCUUCUGCUCCAAGAAAAACUCUCCAGCCCAGAUAUUAACAAGCCUAUUGACAAUUAUUACCUCUAUGGCUCUACCUGCAUCGCAGGGCUCUAUGAUGAGGCCAAUGACCAGAUAAUACCUCUCUAUCAGGCAAUGAAGGAAGGUCUGCUCACGAGAGGAACCACCCUGGAGCUUCUUGAGGCCCAAGCUGCCUCUGGUUUCAUUGUUGAUCCAGUCAACAAUGUCUUCUUGACAGUAGAGGAGGCCACAAAGAGGGGGUUGAUCGGAAAAGAGUUUAAGAACAAGCUGUUGUCUGCAGAACAGGCAGUAACUGGAUACAGUGACCCAGCCACAGGAAAGACAAUCUCACUCUUCGAGGCUAUUGAGAAGGAAGUUAUAGAGAAAGGUCAUGGAAUCCGUCUCCUUGAGGCCCAAAUCGCAAGUGGUGGGAUUAUUGACCCCAAAGAGAGCCAUCGUAUUGAUGUCGCAGUUGCCUAUAAAAGGGGAUACUUUAAUGAGGAGAUGAAUGAGAUCUUGACCUAUGAAGGUGAUGACACUAAGGGGUUCUUGGACCCUAACACUAAGGAGAACCUGACUUAUCUCCAGCUGAAGAAAAGGUGCAUCAAAGAUGAGAAAACAGAACUAAUUCUACUGCCAGUCGGAGACAAGAACAAACCCCAGAAAUCACAAGAGAGCCGUUCCAAUGUUCUUCGCAGGAGGCGAGUAGUGAUUGUUGAUCCGGACACUGGGCUAAAGAUGUCAGUGAGGGAAGCCUAUCAUCGAGAGCUCAUCGACUAUGACACUUUCCUGGAGUUGUCAGAGCAGGAGUGCGAGUGGGAGGAAAUAACCAUCCAGGGGUCUGACGGUUCUACACGUUUGGUGAUAGUGGACAGGAAAACAGGAACCCAAUACGACAUCCAGGACUGCUUGGACCACGGUGUCAUUGACCAGCAGAUGUUGGACAAGUAUCUUGCUGGAACACUUACCUUAACCCAGUUUGCUGAUGAAAUAACAAGCGAAACUAGCGCAAGGGCUGGCUCACGAACCGACUCCAGGAGUGGAUCUCGUAGAGGCAGUGUUGAUUACACCUCUUCUUACAGCCUAACCUUCACCUCCAGCAGUACUACUCAUACCAACAACAUAUCAUUUUAG